UCAAACUAAAAAAGUAAUUUUACCUAAAGACAACGGAUAUACAAGAUUAUUGGUAGAGCAAUAUCACAGAGAAGCGAAUCGUCUUAGAGAAGAUUUUUGGAUCCCAAAAAUUCGUGUGCUAUUACGAGGAGUAGUUAAUAGAUGUCAAUUCUGCAAAAAUAAGAAAAUUAUAGCUAAACCUCCUUUAAUGGGAGAUUUACCAAAGGAACGAACUGAACCGCAAGUGGCUGCAUUUACACAUACAGGUGUUGAUUACUUUGGUCCGAUGGACGUCACAAUUGGAAGAAUUGGAAAAGCGGUACGGCGUGUUGUUUACCUGUUUAAAUAUAAGAGCGGUACAUAUUGAAUUGGUGCAUAUACUAACCACGGAUUCAGCAAUUAUGGCAAUUCGAAGAUUUAUGGCGCAAAGAGGGGUGCCUAGGGUUAUGUGAUCGGACAAUGGAACAAACUUUACUGGAGCACAACGUGAAAUGAAAGAAGCAAUAUCGGUGUUGGAUGCAAAGAAGAUGAACGAACGAUUUGCCCACAAAGGAAUGACCUGGAAAUUUAUUCCACCAGCAUCUCCUCAUAUGGGGGGAGUUUGGGAAAGAAUGGUGCAUUUAAUUAAAACUGCAUUAGCCGCGACUUUAACCUUGCAGUGGUCGGAUGUGGGUGGGCGCUGCUCAGUACCUUUCACAGAGGGCGUGACCUUCAGCGGGAUGCAUAUGCCAGUAGUGCUCAGUGGUUUAUGGCGUGAGCAACUAAUUUUAGAGUCUGCUAGUCCGCACCCGAUCUCAUAUGUAAUAUUUUUUGAACCCAAGGAAAAGGCUCCAAGAGCAGAAGUUCGUUCGGUCAGGAUUCAGACUGGAAAUGGUUCGUACUGUAAUAUUCGGGACCCCUUCACCCUGCAAAGCGAUGAGUAA